AUGACCGACGGCUGGACCCCGGACAUCGUCGUCGGGAUCGAUUUUGGCAUGACCUGCACUGGCGUCGCCUACUCGUAUGGACCUAACUGGCCGCCCCCAAAACCGAUCCAGCACUGGCCGGGCCUGAUCGGGUCGCAAAUCGCAACAAAAGUGCCCUCACAUCUUCUCUACACGCCCAACACUCUAAAAUGGGGCUUCCAAUGCGAAGAAACCGUCUCAGACAGUCUCUCCGCUUCAAACACCCUUUCCACCUCAACCAGUGACACAGUCGCCGCAAAGGCAACCGACAUCAUCAAAUAUUUCAAACUAAACCUCGACUCGGACUUCACGGACUCGCGGCCUGAUGCGCCCUCGCGCGACCAGGCGAUGUGCUAUUUCCGCGACUAUAUCGGCUGCGUGUACCGGUAUGUGGUGGACUACUUCUCGCGCAGCUUUCCGCGGUUUGAGGGCAUGAAGGUCGAGUUUGUGUUUAGCGUGCCGACGACAUGGAAGGAUCCGCGCAUGGUGGAGGGGUUGAGGAAGUGCGUGGAGUUUGAUCGCGGACGAGACCAUAGGGCUGUUAUUGGGCUGACGGAGGCGGAGGCAGCGGCUGUUUAUGUCUCGGGUUUGCAUUAUCAGAAAAACGAUGUGAUCCUGGUAUGCGAUGCUGGGGGAGGGACUACGGACGUGAACGUUCUCAAGCUCGCCAGUGCUCCUGGUGAACCUACAGUCUACGACCCGCUGGGAUUUGUUGAGGGAAAACCCGUUGGGUCAGUCUUCAUCGACGUCAGCGUUCAGCAGCUCGUUUGCACCAAACUCGAACCCAUCAAGCACUCCCUCCCGGCGUCCACAGACGAGAUCGCUUGGCAGAUGAUGGGAAGUCGGUUCGAGCGCUUCAAGUGCGCUUUUGGGAUGAUGGGCGAAGAACUCGAGACACUGAGGCUUGGCCUGCCCGCGUCAGUGACGGAGUCAGAUUUCCCUGAGCAGGGGAUCUGGAACCGGCAGUUACUUAUACCCAGGGCCGAAAUCAAAGAAAUAUUCGACGAAAAAGUCGCAGACCUGACCCAGUUACUGGAUGACCAAGUCCGCAAUCUACAACUUACCCACCCAGCUCAGAAAAUUUCCUUCCUCGUUCUCUCCGGCGGCUUCGGUAGCUGUCCCUACCUCCGCAACUGCAUAGAAGAGCGCUACGAAACGCCCACGCAUCUCUGGCCAGAGGGCAUUAAAGUGCUAACUGUCGAUGAACCGCAACUAGCUGUCGUCCAAGGCCAGGUCAUGAACCGCACGCAACAACUCCGCACCCACGCAACGGUCUUCAACCACCUCUACAGUCCCGUCAGUUACGGAGUAAUCUGCGACUGGAUCUAUGACCCGAGAAAACACUCCGGUGAAACUACACGCUUCGACGAGCGCAAUAUGAAGACUUAUGCGGUGAAUCAGAUUGAUUGGCUUGUUAUGAAGGGCGAUCUCGUCCCAAGGACUGGAAUAUCCAAAUCCUUCCCCCGCAAAAUCUCACCACGGGAUCUAUCUCAACCCUUCGUCGCGCAGAUCGUCAUGUCGCAGCAGCCGCGCGACCAUCUCCCACGAAGCAUGACGCAAGGCGACGCAAAGCUCAUCUGCGAGCUAGAGGUCGACACGACCAACGUCGAGAAGAAGAUCAAGAACCACCACUGGUAUAACCGGUCACCCGUGUACUUCCUAGUUAAUGUGAUUGUGAAGCUGCUUAUCGAGCCGGCGGGGCUGCAGUUUGAGCUUUGGAGUGCGAAUGGGGAUCAAAUUCCUGCUAGGUCUAGGAUUGCGAGGACGGAUGGGAAUGGUGCCCCCCUUGCCAGUGUUGGUGUUGGUGUUGGGGGUGCGGAUUCGCCGAUUACGAUUUGGUGGGAGAGUAUUGCGGAGAAGAUGCAGGAUGGGAGUGGAGAGGAGAGGAUGAGCCCGGGGCUGCGGCUGCAGAGGGGGAGCAAUGUGCACUCUGAGGUUGGUGGUGACCAUGCGUUUGAGAUGAUGGGUGAUAUAGGGCCGCCGCAACAGUCGCCGAGGGAUGCAAAGUUGAGGCCUCCUUCUUAUCGAUAG